CAAAGCCCAUUCCACGAAAAUUCCUCAGCUGAUUUACUGAAAUUUCCUCCGCAGCUUCUUGUGGUUUCACUUUCUUCAAGUUCAUUGUGAUUUAUUAUCUCUAAAGAAUCAGUGAAAUUGUACUCAUGAAAUACAGAGUCCUAUCGAAAAUAGAACAAUAUUUUUAUUGUUCUACUCUAGCUCCGUGUUUCUUCAUAAUACAACAUGGGCUGUGCACCAAGUGGAACGAAUUAUAAAUCCGGAAGUCUCUAUUUGAUGACUUCAAAACAAAUUUUUACAAAAGAUCAAUUAGAUAAUUUGAAUACAAUUUUCAGGAAAACUGUUGAAAAUGUGGAAACUUCUGUGGAUAUUAUUGCCAUUGAAUCAACCGUGGAAAGAUUAGUGCAACGUUUGGUAGCGAGAGUAUGUAAUCUCGACCGCAGAUUCUCAUCGUUGUUCCUCGUUUCGCUCAAUGAACGUCGUAGGAUUAAGCAAUUGAAAUUCGAGUACUUGUUGAGAAUUGACGCUUUGUCAACACCAGUCAUAAAUAGUGACGAGGAACCGUCUGUAAAUGUGGAAGAAGAUGCCAGUAUGCCAGGUUUUAUUCGUCUAAAAAUUCGAGCUCCUGUGGCUGAACAGUGGGCUGAAUUUUUAGGAUCAGGAGGAAGAAUUCGUCGUGACCUCAUCAAAUCAAAAGUGGCCAGUCUUUUGGCAAUUUCAACAAGACAAGUUGCAAGUGGAGUUGAAAAUAUCGACGGCGACGAGAGGUCAAAUUUAUUUCCUGGUCAAAUAGUCGAUGCAGAAGUUCUGGACAAAAUUCUAAAGCAACCGGAUCACUGCAGAAUAUUUUACGCACCAACGACCGCGGAAACUAAUUAUCCCGAAUCACGUGAAAAUCGAGUUGCAAUAGUGGAGGAUGCGAGUGGAAUACUGUUGAGAAUAGGACUUGAAGGCACCAAAUCCCAGGAUGUCGAAGUGAGACUGUUGAUCGGUGUUGCGGUUCAAACGUGGUCAACCACGGCUGAUUAUCCUCGACGAGUACCGCUUCACCACUGUGAUGCGCUGCUUCACUACACUGCUGCGCAAACUGGAAUGUUUGCCACAUGUGUCGGUCCUUAUCAGGGAGCACGAUGUGAAGACCGAGCGACCUUGUGGAGAAUUCGCUUUCCAGCUGCGGAAAAAAUAAUGUCACAACACUAUUCUGAUGAAAGUAUCGUUUCCUUAACUGAUUCAAUUCUUCAAGAAAUACUCGAUCAACUUCAAGGUAGAAAGCCACUGGAUUUUCACAUGAAACGAAAAGAAACUUUGAGAAUCGUAAGUCGUCACAUUGUGAGAACAAUUCAUUGGUGGUCACUGGAACGAGCUGGUCCAGACCCUUUGCGAAGCUGGGCACCGGAUACUUUAUCUCGACACGUUCUCCUAUGUCUCGAUGAAUUGGCGAGAGCUCUCAAAUGUCAGAAUUUAAGGUGUUACUUCCAUCCUCGAUGCAACGUGAUGCUACAAUGUGCAAACGGUGGAAUUCUUCAUAAUGAGGAUAUUUAUGCAUUAGAUUCGAAAAUUAUUGAAGAGUAUUUGGCAAUUUUGCAAACGAAAUCGGCAAAUAUGUUGGUUCAAGAAACAGAUGCAGCAGAUUUAAUGGAAACUGAAUUAAUUUCUCGGUGGCAAAAAGUUUUGAAUUCCAUUCCCAAGGGAGAUAUUGGAGGAAAUUGUGGUUACAGUCCGAAUCAAUUGGAAUAUUUAAGUUUAGUAGUGCAAGAAGUGCUAAAAGCUAAGAACGCUACUCUACAGGAAUCGUUCGACAACUCGCCAUUGUUAAGCUUUCUUGCACUACCUCAACAUUCUUUCGAGCCAAUAGACAAUUUAGUCUAUCUCUUGACUUUAGUUCUCAAACAAUCAAGAGACCAGAUUUACGUCGUGAUGGAUCACCGGAAAAAGAAAAGUGCAAGACGUCGAUUAUUGAAGGAGCGAAAAAGGAACAAUGCCUCGGCUUAUUUCGAACGUUCCGUUGACAUUUUAGUUGAAACUGUCAGAAGAGAUCGAGAAACUGCUUAUAUGGAUCUUGAUAAUCAUAAAAUUAUGGCUGAGACACUUUUAAAAUGGCUCUAUUUUGGAAUGGAGCAUGAUAGGAAAACUUUAGGACCAAUUUUAAAACCCUACCUUGGGAACUUGUUUAAUUCCUCUCACGAAAAUGCUUGGCACGUAGAAUCGUGGAAAAAAAGACAGGAGAAUUGUAACUUGGAAAUGCGUUCAUUGACCAUGUUCUCCAAGUUGGUCACCACGGGAGAGAUAUCGCCUGCUAAUGGAAUUGUCGAGUCCCUUUCUAAGGGCUGGAAGUGGUCGGAGGACAUUGCAAGGAUGAUUGAUCAUUCAAAUUCUGGAUUGAAAUUGGUCUUUAUUCCCACUGAUGGCAUCUUGAAAUUUUGUCUCAAAUUCGACGACAACAAAGGACAAAAUGCGUUCUCAACUUGGAGUAAAGCAAAAAAUAUCAGUAACUCCUUAAAAAAGGCCACCAUCUCAAGGAUGAAUUUGAUUGCAAUUAAUGAAACUCUACCCGAUUUGAAGAAUAAAAUGAAUAUACAACAUGAUUUUGCGAGUCACAUUGAAUUGAGGAAUUUUAGUCCUUUGACCUAUAUCGUUUCGAUUAAUCGCCGACGUGGUCGUCAAAGAGGUCCAGGAGGAUUAAUUUCAGCUCUGGUCACUUUGAAAAAGUUUCGGAUUCUACAAGAAGUUGCACAAGUCCUGCCACAGAAGGAGAAAACAAAAAUGCUUGAUAUGAUACAGAAAGUAUCAAGAGAAGAAUCUCGAAAAAGAAGAAUUAGCUGUCCAGAGACAUUUCCUAAUGUACCGAAGGAAACUUACACUCCAAGAUCGGAAUCGAAUAUAUGUGAUUCACCUCGUCAGUACUCGCCCAGGAUACGUCAGCGAUGUAUUAUUGCUGAACAUCAGCGACAACUUCAUCGAGAGAUGUUGGAAAUGCAUGACACCUUGACACGAGGUUUGCGAACAAGGAGUCAGCUUCCAGUUUGGGAUUCAUCUUCGAUUGGAUCUUGGAAAUCUUCUGUUCGUUCAAUUCAACAGUGCAAGUGCAGGAGCAAAAUGUGGAAUACAGUGAGAGGAAAAUCUUCAUUGCAAGACAUUGUCAGUGUAUCGAAAUCCUUUGAUAAAAAGAAAUCGGGAGAGAUGAUAAGUCGCGAAAAGUCUCCGAAAUGGAACACUAUUGAUAAUAGAUGUUCAAUAAAUAAGAAAGAUUAUCGGGAUACUGAUAAACUUCCGUCUUGGGAAGUUCUAGACGUCAGUCUCAAUGGAAAAUUACAACGAUAUGACAAUGUUCACGGAGAUUUAAAUCCUAAUGAGAAAUCGAAUAUUGAUUAUUUUGUUACUGCUAAUGAAAUGAAUGAGAAGAAGGAAACAAUAAAGAUGGACGAUCAACGAAACGGUCCUGGUGAGGAAACGUUAAGUGGCACUUUCCUCCCCACAAGUGAUCACAGAAUGCAAGCCUUGAGAGGUCAAGAAGUGCUUAUCCCAGUUUAG